AUGCCUCCCUUACCACCGAAUUCGUCUCCCAUUGUUGUGAAACGAGUGUGGUACGAAAUACCCACGGGACCAUGGCAGACCGUCGGUACCGACCUGUUCUAUCUGGAUGGUGAGGAGUACCUUCUUAUCUGUGACUACUAUUCGAAGUUCCCGAUAGUCAAGAAAAUUCACGGUCGUGUGACAAGUCAGUCAGUGGUGAACAUCACUAAGCAAGUGUUCUCGGAACAAGGAAUUCCAGAGACUGUAAUCAGUGACAACGGGCCACAAUAUGCGAGCCAGGUGUUCAGACAAUUCACAGAAGAAUGGGGUUUCAGUCACGUGACAUCGAGUCCCCGCUACGCACAGUCAAAUGGCUUCAUCGAGAGGCACGUACAGACCGUAAAAGGUGUACUUGCUAAAGCCAAAGCGGCACAUACUGAUCCGGACAUGGCAAUGCUGAUUAUUAGAUCCACACCCGUGGAUUGCCACUUGCCAUCACCAUCAGAACUACUGAACUCACGCAAGUUCAGAAGUAAUCUUCCAGUAAAGAUUACCAACGAAGCAGCCGACAAGGAUGCAGUUUCACGUCGACUUUUUGAGCGUCAAGCAACUCAAAAAUUGUAUCACGACGAGAAAUCUGUGAAGACACUAGCCCUCUGUCCCCAGGUCAAUCGUUAG